AUGCUGCGGUUCUCGCGGACACUCGGAGCCCGGCUUUGCCGAGGAGCUGGCACAACCGUUUUCAGGCCAGAGCAGGGUUGCGGCCGACAUUUUGCAAGCAAAGUCUCGGACGCAGUGUCCGCCAGAGCACAAGCAGCUAAGCAGGAGUUGGCCAUCCUUGCGCAGGCCUUCCAGCGCUAUGAUGGGGAUGGCAGUGGCGCGCUGGACGCCACGGAGCUGCAGAGGGCGCUGAAGGAUUUGGACCUCCCGGCAGGAGACGUGGAGGUGUCAGAGCUCUUUUCCAGGCUGGACGUGAACCAGGAUGGCUCCGUCGAAUUGACUGAGUGGCUGGACAACAUGCCAGCGGGAACCAAGCUCCGGGUGUUGCAGAAGGCAGACGAGGCCGGAAGAACCAUUCGCUUUGAGAUCCCAGAUGUGAAGAUCAUGUACACGCACACGGAUGAAGCUCCGAUGUUGGCGACAUACUCUUUGCUGCCGGUGCUGCGUGCUUACUGCCGCUUCGCCGGCGUGAAGAUCAUGAAGAAGGACAUCUCGCUGUCUGCACGUAUUCUGGCACACUUCCCGGACAAGCUGCGGCAUGCCCAGCGUGUGGAGGACGAUCUUACAGAGCUGGGAAAUUUGGCCAAGCAUCCCGCGGCAAAUAUCGUCAAGUUGCCGAAUAUCUCCGCCUCGGUGCCGCAGCUCUUGGCGGCCAUCAAGGAGCUGCAGGCGAAGGGCUUCGCGGUGCCCGACUACCCAGCAGACCCACAAACGGAGGAGGAAGUUGACAUCAAGGCCCGCUAUGCCAAGGUGCUUGGCAGUGCCGUGAAUCCGGUGUUGCGCGAGGGCAACUCGGAUCGCCGUGUGGCAGUUCCAGUGAAGGAGUAUGCCAAGAAAAACCCUCACAAGAACCACGAUUGGUCUCCCAAGUCCAAGAGUGUUGUUGCUUCCAUGUCGGAUGGCGACUUCUUCUCCUCGGAGCAGUCCUGCAUUCUGAAGGACAUGUCCAGCGUGCGCAUCGAGUUGGUGGGGAAUUCCGGAAAGACCACCGUGCUGAAAGCCAAGACGCCGGUGCUCUCAGGUGAAAUCAUCGACAGCAGUGUCAUGAGGGUGGCCGAGUUGCGCAAAUUUUACGAGAAAGAAAUGGAUUCGAUGGAGCCAGGCGUCCUCUAUUCGCUGCAUCUCAAGGCCACCAUGAUGAAGGUGUCCGACCCUGUGCUCUUUGGCCAUUGCGUCGAGGUCUACUACAAAGAUGCCUUUGACAAGCACGGGGCGCUGUUUCAAGAGCUCGGCGUGAAUCCCAACAACGGUGUGGGCGACGCGUACGCAAAGAUCGCUGGACAUCCCAAGCAGGCAGAGGUCGAAGCAGACCUGGCGGCUUGCUACGAGAAGCGGCCGCCUUUGGCCUAUGUGGAUUCCCGGCGAGGCAUCACGAAUCUUCAUGUGCCUUCGGACGUGAUCGUGGAUGCAUCCAUGGCUGCGGCAGUGCGAGAUGCUGGACAAAUGUGGACUAAGGACGACACUCUGUGCGAUGCAAAGUUUGUCAUCCCGGAUCGUUGCUAUGCGGGCAUCUAUGAUGUUAUCAUCAAGGAUUGCCAGGCCAAUGGCAAGUUGGAUCCUUCCAAGAUAGGUGCUACUUCCAACGUGGGGCUCAUGGCCGCGAAGGCUGAGGAGUAUGGCUCCCACGACAAGACCUUCAUGGUCCCAGAGGAUGGCAAGAUGCAAGUGGUGCUUCGUGGAAAGGAAGAGGUGCUGAUGUCCCAUGAUGUGGCAAAGGGCGACGUUUUCCGCAUGUGCCAAACGAAAGACGGCCCGAUCCAAGACUGGGUGAAGCUGGCAGUUGCUCGAGCUCGUGCCACAAACGUGCCAGCCAUUUUCUGGCUCACUGCAGACCGUGCCCAUGACCGCAGCGUGAUCUCAAAGGUCGAGGAGUACUUGCAGAAGCACAACACGGAAGGUUUGGACAUUCGCAUCCUAGCUCCAGAGGAGGCCAUGAAAGUCACUCUUGAGCGCGCGCGGCAAGGGCUGGACACCAUCUCUGUGACUGGCAACGUUCUGCGUGACUACUUGACAGACCUCUUCCCGAUUCUGGAGCUGGGGACGAGCGCGAAAAUGCUUUCGGUGGUACCCUUGCUGGCUGGCGGCGGCAUGUUCGAGACGGGCGCAGGCGGAUCCGCCCCGAAGCACGUGCAGCAGUUUGUGAAGGAGGGCCACCUGCGCUGGGAUUCGCUGGGCGAAUUCCUGGCCAUGGCAGUGGCUCUCGAGGACGUUGCCCAGAAGACCAGCAAUCCAGACGCCAAGGUCAUGGCAGACACCCUCUCCACAGCCGUAGGUCAGCUGCUCAACACUGGCAAGUCGCCCAAAAGAAAGGUCAUGGAGCUGGACAACCGCGGGUCGCACUUCUACCUGGCCAUGUUCUGGGCGGAGGCUCUUGCGGCGCAGACCGAGUCUGGCAUGCUGCAGGAGCGGUUCAAGCCCGUCGCCAUGCAACUCCGUAGCUCCGAAGCAAAGAUCCUGGGAGAACUUAUUGCGGCGGAGGGGAAGCCGCAGGACUUGGGUGGGUACUACUUCCCAGAUCCCUUCUUGACGUCACAGGCACUUCGACCAAGCCCGACUUUUAACUCCAUCAUCGAUGCGGUCCUGGCGGCCUCUGGAUUCUGA